GGGAAUCACCAAUCAGGAUAUCAGAAUAACAUUUUGACCCACUAAUCAGGCUGAUUCAAGGACAUUACUUGUUAUUAUUGUGUGUUAUCAAAUAUGUUAUUUAUUCUCAUCAUAUGAUCUCAGUAACUUAUUUUCUAGAGUAAGUCAAGUCAAAAGGAUUCCCAAAAGUAGUCGCCCUUUUAAAAUGGAAGUCUAGAUUUCAUGAAAUUUGAUGAAAGUAUAUAAGAAACAAAAUGUUUAUAAGCAGACACAUGAUACAAAAUAUACACACAUAUAUAUAUAUAUAUAAUCAUAUUCAGUCACCUAUAAAAUAAAGUUCAUCAUUCUGUGAUUUUGAUUUAUUUUCUCAAGCAGCACCCUUUCUUAUGGUGAUACAGUUAAACUUCUGCCAUUUAUAAGAUAUAAAUUGUGUUCAAGUUGUCAUUUAAUAUUCAUAUAUAGUUUCUGACCUUGAUUUAUGUCAACUUGAUUUGAGUAAAAACUUAUAAAUAGGUGUAUUAUAGAGUAUUAGUGUCUUUCACGUUGCAGCAGCAUUGAAAAAGUAUUUGCUUCGACAUGUUGCUAUUUCAGGCUAAGAAUCGGAACACAAAUGACAAGCAAAAUCUCAUAGAACAAACCUUCUGAGAACAGAGCAACUUCUAUGUCCCCAUGUUUGCAACGUUUAAAAUGCUGUUUGUUCUCCUGAUUACUUUUGUUUUCUCAAAGCACUUAAGCUUUGCUCAAGAUCAAAAUCAGUUCAUCUACCAUGGAUUCAAUGAGUCCAACCUGAAUCUGAGUGGGCUUGCAAACGUACACCCCAAUGGUCUCUUAGAGUUAACAAAUAUUACAUACCUCAAAGUGGGUCGUGCUUUCUUUCAGCUGCCUCUCAAGUUCAACAAGUCUUCGUUUUCUACAAACUUUGUUUUCGCCAUUGAUCCUGAGAGACUUCCCCUUGGUGAGACACCUGGUCUUGGUGGCCAUGGCUUUGCCUUCACUAUCUCCCCUUCUAUGGAGUUCCCAGGGGCACUGGCGACACAGUACUUUGGACUCUUUAAUUCGACAAGCAACGGCCUGUUUUCAAACCAUCUUGUUGCCAUUGAGUUUGAUACUAUACAAACUCUUGAUUGUGGAGACAUUAAUAACAACCAUGUCGGAAUUGAUGUGAAUGGCGUGACAUCAAAUGUAUCAGCACCAGCAGCAUACUUUUCAGACAAGGAAUAUAAGAACUUAACGCUCAUAAGUGGGAAACCUAUGCAGGUAUGGAUAGAUUAUGAUGAAGUGCAGAUGAUACUCAACAUAACACUAGCUCCUAUAACGGUCAUGAAACCCGAAAAGCCUCUCCUGUCAACAACUAUUGAUCUUUCUUUAAUCCUGUUGGAUUCUAUGUACGUUGGUUUUUCUUCAUCUACUGGAUCCAUGGCAAGCUACCAUUAUAUUCUCGGUCGGAGCUUCAACAAAAGUGGUCCAGCUCAAAGUCUUGAUACGUCAAAGCUUCCUUCACUUCCUUUAGCUCCUCCAUCUCCUUCACUUCCUGUAACUCCUCCAGCUCCACCUCCUUCACUGCCUGCACCGCCUUCACAUCCGCCUAAAAAGUUAAUUAUUACGGCCUCAUCCAUUGUGGCAGGUGUUGUGCUGAUUGCUAUAUUUGGAACACUCUAUAUAUUGAAAAGGAAAAAGUUUGAAGAAUUGCGUGAAGACUGGGAGAAAGAAUAUGGCCCUCAAAGAUUCUCUUACAGGGACCUUUAUAAAGCAACUAAAGCAUUCAAAGACAAAGAACUUCUAGGAUUUGGGGGUUUUGGGAAGGUGUACAGAGGAGUAUUGCCUUCUUCAAAUACACAAGUAGCAGUCAAGAAGUUUUCCCAUGAUUCCCAACAAGGAAUGAAGGAAUUUAUUGCUGAAAUUGUCAGCAUGGGAAGGCUAAGGCAUAGGAAUUUGGUUCAACUUCUAGGCUAUUGCAGGCGAAAGGGAGAGCUGCUCUUGGUAUAUGAUUAUAUGCCUAAUGGGAGCCUUGAUAAAUUCCUAUUUCAGAAUGACACGCCGAACCUGAAUUGGGUUCAACGAUAUCAAAUCCUGAGAGGAGUUGCAUCUGCCCUUCUUUACCUCCAUGAAGAAUGGGAACAAGUUGUUCUGCACAGAGAUGUGAAAGCUAGCAAUGUUAUGUUAGAUGCUGAUCUUAGCGGAAGGUUAGGAGAUUUUGGACAAACAACCUGUGUGGUUGGAACCGUUGGAUAUCUUGCGCCAGAGGUUUCAAGAACAGGAAGGGUCACAACCGGCAGUGAUGUUUUUUCUUUUGGGACACUUAUGCUAGAAAUGGCUUGUGGAAGGAAGACUAUAGAGCCACAAAAACCAGCUGGAGAGGUGAUUUUGGUAGACUGGGUCCUCGAAAGUUGGAAAAAUGGGGUACUACUUGAGAUAAGUGACCCUAGAUUGGAAGGCAAAUAUAUGAUGGAGGAAAUGGAAUUGGUUUUGAAGCUAGGCCUGCUCUGUGCUCACCCUACACCAACAGCUAGACCAACCAUGAGGCAAGUGGUGCAAUAUCUAGAUGGAAAAGCUGCCUUACCAGACAUACCAUUGGAUAGCCCUCGUCCUGGUCUGGUCAUAUUUAACCAGGAAGCAGCUCAAGAUUGCAUUUCGCAGUCCCCUGCAUCUAAUGAGUACUCAAGCUUGUCAAUCACUGCCUCAGUCCUCAACCGUGGUCGCUGAAUCUGCAACUACAGGUUUUAGUCUAAAUUAAUUACUGAGGCAGGGGAAUCAAGGUAGCAUACUAACAUUCUGAUAUAGUCUAACAGCUAAUUCAUAGCAGCCACCAACUGGCUAUAAUAAGCAAACAACCAUUUGCUUGCUUUCAUACAAAUACAUGGUUUUGUUUCAACAGUUGUAUGCAGCUAAAUGUAAUGAAAUUCUCAUGAUGAAUUCAAUCAAA